AUGAGCAAGGUCAGCAGCUAUUUCAAGCAGGAAAAAAGGCAUGUGGAUCGGCCUAAGGGCCCGCAGGCCGCGCCUGUGCCUGCUGCGCGGAUAGCGCAAGUCUGUGAGCAAGAGGAAUAUACAGGGCUCGAGUCUGAGGGUAUUACCCUGGAGGAGCGGCUGCUGCGGCAGUUCGACCUGCAAAGGUGGGAGCGCGCCGCGCGCCUGGGGCUGGAGCCGCCUGAGGAUGUGAAGGAGAUCCUGGUCGCCGCUGGCAACGACAGCCCCCUGAAUCACAACAUAUGGCACAACCGCGUGUGA